GUAAAUAGAUGCUCCCAUUGGGAAGUGUUCAAAUCUUCGUUUUAAAGGUGUUUAGAAAGAGGGGCAUAAACCACACCAGACUUUCCAGUUGCAUUCCUAUCCAUAUUCUGAAGAACAGAGAUAAAUCCACUGAACAAUGAGGAGGCUGAGCAGAAGAAAUACUCUCAACUUAGUGAAAGAACUAGAUGCCUUUCCUAAAGUUCCAGAGAGCUAUGUUAAAACAUCAGCUUUUGGAGGCACAGUGACACUGAUUGUAUUCAUCCUCAUGGCACUUCUGACCAUCUCAGAGUUUUUUGUAUACCAAGACUCAUGGAUGAAAUAUGAAUACGAAGUAGACACUGAUUUUACCAGUCAACUGAAGAUAAAAAUUGACAUUACAGUUGCAAUGAAAUGCACAAGGGUGGGUGCAGAUGUGUUGGAUCUUUCUGGCUCUGUCAUUGCAUCAAAGGAACUUAAAUAUGAUCCUGUUAGCUUUGAGCCCUCUCCACAGAAAAAAAUGUGGUAUCAGGUUUUACAUCAGAUUCAAGACAGACUGAAUGAAGAGCGUUCACUUCAAGAUGUACUCUUUAAAUCAGCGCUGAAAGGCCACUUUUCUGACCCAGUUCCACAAAAUGAUUAUGCAUCCGAUUCCCAAAGCGCAUGUAGGAUACAUGGACAAAUCUAUGUCAGUAAAGUGGCGGGGAAUUUCCAUAUCACAUUAGGCAAGCCAAUUGAAAACAUCAGAGGUCAUGCCCAUUUUGUUCCAUUAAUCAAAAAUGAAGCUCCUUUUAACUUCUCACAUCGAAUAGAUUAUUUAUCUUUUGGAAACGAUGUUCCUGGACACAUCAAUCCUCUUGAUGGCACAGAAAAAAUUACAUUAGAGCAACAUAUGCUGUUUCAGUAUUUUAUCACAGUUGUGCCCACCAAGCUGCACACAUCAGGUGUUUCAGUGAACAUGCACCAGUUUUCUGUUACAGAACAGGAGCGGGUUGUAAACAAGGAGAAAGGCAGUCAUGGUGUAACUGGGAUCUUUAUUAAAUAUAAACUGAGUCCACUAAUGGUGAGGGUGAGAGAGGAGCGUAUGCCUAUCUUUACGUUUCUUGUGAGACUGUGUGGCAUCAUUGGAGGAAUCUUUUCAACUUCAGGUCUUCUCCACAAAUUGAUUGGGUAUUUAGUUGACAUUAUCUGCUGUCGCAUUAGACUUGGUGCAGAUCAAUCCAAGGAGGAUUCUUCUUGAUUAGGACGGCCUGGAACAUUUACAUGUAUUUAUUUAGCAGAGACAUUUAUCUAAUGGGACAAAUGAGCCUUUAAGCCAACACAAAUUUUGUUUACAACCGCAAUUACAUAUUAUGCCAUUCGCAAUGCUUCAUUUUUGUAUGUAUAUAAAUGUUUUCUAUUUGUCUCAAAUCAAAAUGUAUAAUGUUUUGAUUCACAUCGCAGCUGUUUGCUUUGUUUCAUUAUUUAUAACUGGGUGUUUAUUACCGUAUUUUUUUAAUUCUCGAUUGGAAAACUACUUCCGGAACUGCGCAUGCGUUUAUCCAGUAAAGGCUUUCGACACCUGCAGUCAGAAAAAAUCGGUAACGGGCGAAAUAAUUCGUUGAAGGCUUUUUUUUCACUGCUAAAAAACGUCGAGAGAAAAAAAUAUUUAUUAUAAAUAAGUAAACGUUUUUAAUUAAAAAAUAGUGAUAACGAAAAUAUGAUGAGGGGGGCAAAUACAACUGAAGAUAUCAUUAAUGCACUGACAAUCAUUUUAGAUAAGGAGUAGAAAUAUUUAAACCAAUGUGGUUGAUUUAUUUAAUUUCCCAAUUAUGGAUUUUCAUGAAGGCUGUAGAUAUCUUCACGACUCAAUCAUCAGGUGAAGUCAAAUGCAGCACCGGUGAUAACAUCAACCAUAAUAAUGCUUUCAAAUCUUUUCCAAAUAUAUACAAACGGUAAUGACAGCAUACUGUAAAUAUUUAAUAGUACGACUUACCUCUGCAAAAACUAUGACGAGAAUACAAACAAAUGUGAUGGUAAAAAUCUGGUAAAAAUGCGCAAUACAUUCUCGUUGUGAAUACGCCGUAGCAACGCGUUCUACGUAAAUCGAUAAGUCUAAAAUUAAAAGUCUCAAAAUUAAGAAUUCACAACACUAUUUAUUUAUUUAUUUUUUAAGUGAAUAAUUCAGCAAACUAAUUUAUUAUUAAUAGAAGGCUAAUAUUACAUAAGCUCAUUUCUUUUUUUGUAUAGGAUUGAUGUCAUUACGGGCUGGUCAAAACUUACAGACUAUUAAACAAAUAUUACAGCUUUUUAAAAAAAUUCUAUUUAAAAACUGUCACAUUUAGUAGGCUAUAUUUAAUAUACAAAUUAUAUAAUUAAAAUAAUGUAGUGUGUAUAUAAGUGGCUUUAUUGGCAUUGGCAUGUGCUUAGAUUAUAUUAAAUAUGAUAUAAUGUAUAUAUAUAAUUAUAUAUGUAAUUUUAUUCACAGUCUUUAUACAGAGUUCCUGAUGUUUAGUUUUUAUCGCUGUUUUAGUUCUGUUUAAUUUUAUUUUAGU